GUUGAUUGGCUACCGUGCUCAACAACUUGUAUUUGAUUGGUGGAAAACGCAACGCCUUCUGUGGGCUGAGAAGUUGAUGAUUUCGUUGGUUCCUGGCUGUGUGUAGAAAGAUUGAAGGGGCCGGGCCCACAGAGGAGAAAUGGCGAGUGCAGGUAGCGAGAACGGGUGUGGACUGGCAACAGAAACCGCAGAGCCACAGGGACCGGACCGGGGCACAGCCAGAUGGGGUCCACAACACGCCGGUGCCCGAGAACUGGCCAGUUUGUACUCGCCAGGCAAAAGAUGUCAGGAAUGGAUCAGUGUCAUCUUCUGCUUCUCUCUCAUGGCCUUCAACUUCAUUCACCUGCUUGCCAAUUUCCAUUUUGGACAUUUGUGGUCCAUCCUGUUAGGCAUUGUGGCGGGAAUACUCACCGCAGAUUUUGCGUCAGGACUUGUUCACUGGGGGGCUGAUACGUGGGGAUCAGUGGAUCUACCCAUUGUUGGAAAAGCCUUUAUCCGUCCAUUCAGAGAACACCAUAUUGACCCCACAGCCAUCACCCGUCACGACUUCAUCGAGACCAACGGUGACAACUGCAUGCUGACCAUAGUCCCUCUGGCAAACAUGGCCUUUAACUUUCUCACCUUCUCUCCUGUGGAGAUUUACCAUAUUUACUCCUGGUACUGCUACUUGUUUGCACUGGCCAUAUUUGUGACUCUCACCAACCAGAUUCACAAGUGGUCGCACACGUACUUCGGCCUUCCUCGCUGGGUGGUGUUACUGCAAGACUGCCACAUCAUCCUCCCUCGCAAACACCACCGCAUCCAUCACGUCUCGCCACAUGAAACGUACUUCUGCAUCACCACGGGUUGGCUGAACUACCCUCUGGAGAAGCUGGGUUUCUGGAGGAACUUGGAGGAUCUCAUCCAGGGUGUGACGGGAGAGAAGCCGAGGGCGGACGACCUGAAAUGGGCUAAAAAAGUGAAUUAGCACUGCUAGCUAACUUCACCCUACCUCAGAAAACUCUGCCUGGGCUUCUAAUCCCCCUUGUUUUUCUUUUGUUUUUCGCCUCACUUAAACUCUUAUCUACAGGAUGAAAAACUAAAAGUUUCUGAUGCCAUAGCUUUAAGUCUUGCACAUUUUUCUUUUCUUUUUCUCAAACGGAGGGCUUUGUCGAUGGAAUUUUUCAUUACUCAUGGAGAUAAGGUUUCCAAAUUGCAGUAUAUCUUUUGUAUUGUCAACACAACUCAUUACUUUUUAACAUUUUUGCUAAAACACUUGAAAUCAAUUUUAAACAAACACAAGAAAAAGCACUUGGAAGAAUCAGCACUCGCUUUUUUUUCUUUUCCUUCUCGAAAGCCGCUGAUUAGGAGAACUGAUAAUUCUCAUUACGCUGAGCUUUGCUUAAUUUUCUGUGGAUCAGUCUUUGCAUCUCCAUCUUCUCAAGGGUUUUACUUUGGAAUUAGAUCAUGGUUAGUUGUAAGGUUAUAAUGAUGUAUGGAUGCUUUACCAAUUUUGAUAGCUGAAGAUCAAACUGAUUACUGUUACAUUUAUUGUCUACUUGCACAUUUGGGUUCGUCUCUGCACACUUUUGAUACUUUUUUAAACUAGGCAAUGACAUUCUGUGUUUAAAAAUAUAGAUAUUUUCCCAUUGUUGUUUCUAAAACAGCCAUAUUUAAUAGUUGCAGAGGAAGAAUGAAUGCUAACACAAAGAUGCUAAAAAAGUCAUCAUCUCCCAACAUGGAUUUGGUUUAGUGAUAUUGGCUUCAUUGCUGUCACCAGCGUUGAUCUUGGCCAUUACAACAUCUGGGUGAAAACCAUCCUGCUGUUGUAUCUGCUGGGUCGCUCUGUCUUUUUGUAAGUAGUGUCUUUGGACGAUCACACACCUGCAGUGAAAAAUCCCUUGUAGGUUAUAUCUGACUGACUUUAACGUGCAGUUUAGUUAAGCUGCCUUACACUCCACAGAUGCAGUACUUGUGUGUCUCUUGCUUCUUUUGCAGCACUUUUGUGGUGCUGCGGUGGUAAUUCUGUCACUCUGGGCUGUGUGUCGCAGAUAAUAAGACACUGGUGCUCCAAAGUUAUGUGCCAGCCAUGUGUAACAUUGCUAUUUUUCUUUAUCCUGGGAAGAGACUGUCAGUUUCAGAGCGCAACAUUCCCAAUCAUUAAUCUUGCCACUGUGUGUACCCUCUUGGUAUCUGUGACAAGCAGACUUAAUGAUAUUUUAAGGGCUGCGGUCAUAGAAAUCUCCUCACUUCUUUAGGUAAGAUUAAGUAGUUAAAAUUUUUAAAAAAUGCUUUAGCCAGUUAUUUGUAAAUGUAUUGUACAGCUAGUAACUAUGCAGUGUAAUAAGAGGCCCUUAAGUAUAUGUCUUAACUAAUCUGGUUAGGGUAAAUGCCUUUGUUUUUUCUAAUAUUUUACAUUUAUUUACUAAGUUGGAUAACUGGAGCAAAAGAAAAAAAGAAAGAAAAGAUAGCUGCUUAAUAAACCGCAUGUUAAAAUUAAUUUUACUUGUUAAGAUGUCAUUUGCUCAGAUGUAAGAUGCCCUAGGCAUGUCGGCUUGUGAAAAAGAUAACCCAGGUCACCAGUGUUUCUUUGUGGAAAGCAGACACUGAACAGAGAGCACUUCGCUCCGCUAAAGAUGGAACUGCUUUCGACAAAGAACCCAAACUUUGCCCAUAUGGUCCCAAGUUGGAGCCACUAAGAUCUUACCUUCAUUCCAAGGAAAUCCUGGUUUCCGGUUUAAAUAGGAGGAGCUAACCUUGCUGUUAAGUUUGGUUGGCCAAGUUAAAGGCUUCUGAUGUUAUAAAGUAGACAGUCUAAUAAUAGUAAUGGUUCAUUUUACAACCAAAGUUUUAUGUUAGGUAAUAUUCUCGUUUAUUUAAUCCUUCAUACUUGAUCACAUAUGAUUAUUCACAAUAGGUCAACAGCAGGAGUACGCUGCAGGUAGUGCUUGUAGAAUAUUGUGAGAGGCAGUUUUUUGUGCGCUUCAUGGUGUAAUAAAAGCUGGUAAAUGGAUGGCGUUGCGUGUUACUGCGUUACGGCCUGCAGAGGUUCUUUAUGUAGCUCUUCUUGUUCAGUGUUUGGUAAAAUGAUGUUUAGACUCAUUUGGACUUUGACAGACAAGUUACUGGAAAAAAAAAUAGAGAAUUUUGGCUCUGCUAGAUGUUUUGGCGCUUCAGGGAAUCGUGUUGUGCUUUCUUACAAAGAUGAGGCAAUUUAAGGAUGUUGGUGUUUUUGUUAUCAGCAAGAUGGUUGAAAAUACUGUAUGUGACAUAAAUUAGUUGGCGAGAUUCAGACCUAAAGCUUCAGAACAAAUAACUUUGCACUGAAGCUAUUUGGUGAGUUCAGAGAGAAUCUAAACCAUCAUUAACUCUUGCUUAGUGACAGGCUUGCUGUUUGUGGCUGUUGUAAUUGGUAUUCUGGUUAUGGAUCUAACACAGAGAAAUUUAUCCUCCAGAUGAUCUCAGGACUGUGGUUAUGAUGGUUUAGGUCAUUUAACGGGAAUUUGUGUGGAAAAGAAACAGUCCAUUUAUGAUGGUUAAGGCUGUUAAUAUGAAAGUUGUUUAAUUUGCUUGACUUACCAGAUUUGGUUAGUCAAAGCAGUCAAAUGACUUCUGUAUCCUAAGUUGUAGCCAUAAACCAGUAUGGUUAUGUUUGCCUCUUGUUACUAAGGUAGAAUUUGUGAUUUGAGCUGUGUUCGGUUUUCCUGCUUCGAUGUGCUGAGCUUUCAUUGGUGGAUUUGAAGACUAAUUUAUGAGGGUAUAUAGUUAACUAAACAUUUUUCCACAUUUUUGCAAAGGCAAAUGAUUUUGUUGAGAAGUGGGACGGCCAGUUGUUGGUAUGUUUGCUGUAGAAGAUAAAAAAAAAACACACUUAAUGACCCUUGGACUUUGAAUUGCCUUAUGCCUGCACAAUUGAUUUGUCAAUCUUGUCAAUCUUGCCAAAGAUGUGGGGAAACAGUUUAUUGAUUAUUGACUUAAAAUUGCCCUUCAUGUACCCACUUUUUAUGAGGCAAGACUCACAUGGAUGUUGUUGGUUAUUUAUGCUGGUGGUGAUGGAGUUUAGAUAUCAGAAUAAUGCCUUGAUGCCUUUUUGUUGUCUUCCAUUUGGGAGGCUUACAAUGUAUAUAAUAAACUGUAUUUAUAAAUAAACUAAUAAAUAGCUGUC